GAUGACUCAGGUUCUUCGGUUCCUCUCUGCUUUUGUAUACAGUAGACAGUACACGCGAUUCAGAUUGUCGGUGUAAAAAAUCGAAAUAAAUCGAGUUGCGGACCGAACGUCAUCGCCAUGAUUAUUCCUGUGCGGUGCUUCACUUGCGGCAAAGUAAUUGGGAAUAAGUGGGAGGCAUAUCUAGGCCUUCUUCAAGCGGAAUACACCGAAGGAGAUGCCUUGGAUGCGCUAGGUCUGAAAAGAUACUGCUGUCGCAGAAUGCUGCUCGGACAUGUAGAUUUGAUUGAGAAGUUACUUAAUUAUGCACCGUUGGAGAAAUAAUUUCAACUGUCACUUGAGCCAGUGUCAUAUAUUACAAACACUUACAAAUAGUUAAUUUUUAUUUAUAUCUGUACAUUUAUUUGCUUGUAAAAAAAAGAGAUGGAACAGUAUACAGAUGUUUCUUAUGUAUAUUAGUUCUGAAAGAUAUACACAUUCUGAUGUUAAUUUUAAAUGCAACGCAGGAAAAUUGCAA